GUUGAUUUUCGAGGGUUCGGACAUGUGGGACGACAGACUCUUGAGGAUCUGACUGAUGCUAGGGACACUCUCUUACUAUUCUUGUACUCGACUCUAUUACACAGAGCUAUCCACAUCUCAUUAGAGGCACUGCUUCUAUGUGUCGUUAAGUGUACCCCUGGCAAGUGGCUGAUGGGACUAAGGGUGUGGCAAUGUGCCACGCCCCCCUCCCUCACUCGGACCUUCCCCGGUUAUUCUAUCAAGGUAGAGCCUGCUGGAAACAUCUCAUUCCCAUUGUGUAUGGGACGCUCUCUCUUCAAGAGUACAGUGAGUCUGGUGAUUCCACUGGUCAUCUUCUUCUUCCAAUUGGACAAGGGUCGCACUCAGUACGACCGACUGUUUCGUUGUGUGGUGGUGGACACUUACUCCCUCAACAAGCCCCUCUACACGACUGUGGUCACCAUGAAAUAGUAGAUAGGUAGAUUAUCUGAACAUUCAGUUUUUGUAUUAAUAAGUUUUGCAUGAUUCAUAAAAAAUAAAGGCACUGCACAUUGCAAAAUUCAAAUACAUAAA